AUGGCUUCACUAUUUUACAGCAAAUUCGACUUCAAACAUUCUAGUUGGAAGGACUUUAAAGAUGAAUAUCAAGGUGUAUCUAAAGGAAUGUUUUCUUCUCGUACCGAUGGAACCUUUCUUGAUGGAAUGUUCCUGGUUCAAAACGCGAUGAUCAAAAUAGGUUCCCCUAAAAUGAUUUUACUCCAACCCAUUGAAUAUAAUGCUGUAGGAGGAAAAAUCAUACUUGUUGAUGGCAAGAAAGUAUUGGAAUCUGUUUUGAUGGAGAGACCAAAAUUAGCCGAGAUUUCAAUGAAGCAUGGGUGUAUAUCCUUUUGCAAAGACGAUCAAAUCUCUAUUAAUUGUUGUGUUUACAAUAAUAUGCCAGAUGAUAGUAUUCACGUACUCUUUCGAUAUGAUUCAACUACAUUUGUGCCAGAUUGGUCUUGCAAAGCGAUAAAAUUACUCUACAACAAUUAUCACAUGAACCCGAAAUUCCAACUUAAAAUUACCCUUAAGAAAAAGUCACAAAUCUCGAUAAUGGAUAAUCGUCAGCUCUUGCAUGGCCAUAAUGAAUUUGCUGGAAAUCAUAAAUUAUGCCGGGUCUCCUCAGAGCUAUGCUACGCCAAGCCUGGCCAGCAAAAAAAUUUAUCAAACAGAUUUAACUUUUAA